UUUUCGUUGGCAUAUGGUGUUGUAGACACUGAAAAUGACUGUUCGUGGACAUGGUUCUUCGAACAAUUCAAAAAUGCAUUUGGCGAGCGUGAAAACAUGUGUAUUGUAUCAGAUAGAAAUGAAAGUAUUAUGAAAAGUGUAAGCAUUGUGUUCCCAAAUGUACCUCAUUGUGCAUGCAUAUGGCAUCUUUGGAAGAAUGUAUGUUCAAACUUCAAAAGGAGUAAAAACACACUAAGUGAUAUAUUUUACUCAAUGGCAAAGGCAAACAGAAAGGAAGAUUUUGAUAAAUUAAUGGCUAAGGUGGUGAAAGUUGAUCACAGGGUGAAGGAUUACCUUGAGAAUGCUGGGUAUGAGAGGUGGUCAAGAGUUCAUUCAAUAGUAAACAGAGGUAGAAUGAUGACUUCGAACAUCGCAGAUUGUAUCAAUGGUUGCCUUGUUGAUGCACGUCGGUUAACUAUAAUAGACUUCUUGGAGGAAGCUAGACUUCUAUUUGGUAGUUGGAACUAUAAAAAUAGAGAAAUAGCGUCAUAUACAAAUGACACAUUGGGCCGAAGAUUUGAGGAGGUAUUGAUUGUAAACGCAUCUAAAAGUUCAAAUAUGAAGGUAUUUAUCAAUAUCCCUAUCUUUCUGUUUGAUGUAUCAGCAGCUCUGAUUUGCAUUGUAUCAUACAGUAAUGUUGUCCCAUCGUCUGAGUAUAUUUUUUCAGUUUAUCAAGCCGGAAGAAGAUACAUUGUAUGCCUUGAGCGAAAAAUAUGUACGUGUGGAAGAUUUCAAUAUGAUGAGAUACCUUGCGAACACGCAAUUGAAGUUUUGAAGCACAAGAAUGUUACGGAUAUGCAUCCGUAUUGCUCUGAUUACUACAAGCCGGAUGCAUUAGAAAAAACCUACAAGGUUGCAAUGGUUCCAAUGCCAUAUAAGGAGGAUUGGACUGUUCCAGACUAUGUUUUAGAUGAAAUUGUCUUGCCACCUAGGUACAGAAGGUUGGCUGGACGACCAAGGAAUUGA